AUGUACCGUACUCUGCUCCUUGCUUUUUCCGUGAUCUCUGUGAUCUACGGGGAUCCGAUCAACUUGGAAAUUCUUAUCCGUUGUGAUCCAUCAAUCAAGUUCUACUGUGGACAUAUCAUCUUCUAUGAGGUGGACGUAUUGCCCGGGAGCCACGACAGCUUCAAAACCGAUCGAUACUGUACGGAUCAGGUGUGGAAGGAGUUGAAGUACUCGCCGAUUUCCUUAGGAGGCGACGCGUCACCGGUAGAGUGGACAUCUGGACUCACAGACACACACACACACAGACAGAUUUUCAGACAUAUGAAUUCAGCUACGAGUUACGUCACAAUUGCUCAUCGGAUGGCUUAG